GAGGAGGCGAGCCCCAGCCUCGCGAUGUCAGAGCGUCGAUUCACUCAGUGUGCCAUGACAACAGGAGCCGGGAGGAUAAUAUGCCGAGUAGAUCAUCAAGGUGCUAAAUGGAGUCCGAACAAUUGUUUUCUAGAGGAUAUUACAGGAACAGUUACAAUAGUAUAACCAGUGCAAGUAGUGAUGAAGAACUGCUAGAUGGAGCAGGAGUCAUUAUGGACUUUACAGGAUCGGAGGAUGACAACUUGCUGGAUGGAGAUGUUUCUACAGGAGCCAAUUAUACAAUGACAAAUGGAGGUGGUAUAAACAGCACAACACAUUUGUUGGAUCUUUUGGAUGAACCUAUACCAGGUGUUGGCACAUACGACGACUUCCACACAAUUGACUGGGUACGAGAGAAGUGUAAAGACCGGGAAAGGCACAGAAAGAUUACCAGCAAGAAGAGAGAUUCCGUAUGGGAGUUUAUAAAAAGCCUGUAUGAUGCUUGGUCAGGAUGGCUAGUUGUAACUCUGACUGGUCUGGCAUCAGGUGCCCUGGCUGGUUUGAUAGAUAUUGCUGCAGACUGGAUGACUGAUUUAAAAGAAGGCAUAUGUUUGAGUGCGUUGUGGUUUAAUCAUGAACAAUGCUGCUGGGAUUCAGAUGAACCAACGUUUGAAGCAAGAAAUGAAUGUCCUCAGUGGAAAACAUGGGCUGAAUUAAUAAUUGGACAAGCAGAUGGGCCAGGUUCUUAUAUAAUGAACUACAUUAUGUACAUAUUUUGGGCCUUGGGAUUUGGCUUCCUGGCUGUUUCAUUUGUGAAGGUGUUUGCUCCUUAUGCAUGUGGUUCUGGAAUUCCAGAGAUUAAAACCAUUCUGAGUGGCUUCAUUAUCCGAGGAUACUUGGGCAAGUGGACCUUGCUAAUUAAAACAGUCACACUGGUUUUAGCUGUUGCCUCGGGGCUGAGUCUGGGAAAGGAAGGUCCUCUUGUACAUGUUGCGUGUUGCUGUGGUAAUAUCUUCUCCUACCUAUUCCCAAAAUACAACAAAAACGAGGCAAAGAAACGAGAGGUAUUGUCUGCAGCAUCAGCAGCAGGGGUGUCAGUGGCUUUUGGUGCUCCAAUUGGUGGUGUCCUUUUUAGUUUGGAAGAGGUUAGCUACUAUUUUCCCUUGAAAACUCUUUGGAGAUCAUUUUUUGCCGCAUUAGUGGCAGCCUUCGUCUUGCGCUCUAUUAAUCCUUUUGGAAACAGUCGUCUGGUUCUGUUUUACGUGGAGUAUCACACACCAUGGUAUUUGUUUGAAUUGAUCCCUUUCAUCCUGCUGGGUGUAUUUGGGGGAUUAUGGGGAGCCUUCUUCAUCCGUGCUAACAUUGCUUGGUGUAGACGACGGAAAACCACAAAGUUUGGCAAGUUCCCAGUCCUAGAAGUCAUUGCAGUGACUGUGAUCACUGCAGUGGUUGCCUUUCCUAAUCAGUACACCAGGAAGAACACUAGUGAGUUGAUCAAAGAACUUUUCACUGAUUGUGGGCCUCUAGAAUCUUCACCCCUCUGUGAUUAUCAGACUGAUGCAAAUGUCAGUAAACUGUUGGAUGACAUUCCGGAUCGACCUGCUGGUCAAGGAGUUUAUGAUGCCAUAGGAAAACUGGCAUUGGCACUUAUAUUUAAGAUCAUUAUGACCAUCUUCACAUUUGGAAUUAAGGUACCUUCAGGCCUCUUCAUUCCGAGUAUGGCGAUUGGUGCGAUUGCUGGUAGGAUUGUGGGGAUUGCAGUGGAGCAGCUAGCCUACUAUCACCAUGACUGGUUCAUAUUUAACCAGUGGUGUAAUGUUGGAGCAGACUGUGUCACUCCAGGCCUAUAUGCAAUGGUUGGUGCUGCAGCUUGCUUGGGUGGUGUAACGCGGAUGACCGUUUCCCUCGUGGUAAUUGUAUUUGAGCUGACUGGUGGACUAGAGUACAUUGUUCCUCUCAUGGCAGCUGUAAUGACCAGCAAGUGGGUGGGUGAUGCAUUUGGAAGAGAAGGCAUUUAUGAAUCUCACAUCCGCUUGAAUGGGUAUCCAUUCCUGGAUGCUAAAGAAGAGUUCACUCAUACGACACUCGCUGCGGAUGUGAUGCGGCCUCGGAGAAAUGAGACUCCUCUUUCAGUGCUGACGCAAGACGACAUGACGGUUGAAGACUUAGAAAUGAUGAUUAAUGAAACGACAUACAAUGGCUUUCCUGUUAUUGUAUCAAAAGAAUCUCAAAGACUAGUUGGAUUUGCACUACGAAGAGAUAUAACUAUUGCAUUAGAAAAUGCUAGAAGAAAACAAGAAGGUAUUGUCAGCAGUUCAAGGGUUCACUUUACACAACACGCUCCAACCCUUCCAGCAGACAGUCCACGUCCACUGAAGCUGCGGAGUAUCCUUGACAUGAGCCCUUUCACAGUGACAGAUCAUACACCUAUGGAGAUUGUGGUAGACAUCUUUCGUAAACUGGGCCUGAGACAGUGCCUUGUGACUCACAAUGGGAAUGUCUUGGGGAUCAUCACAAAGAAGAACAUAUUAGAACACCUCGAGCAACUAAAACAGCACGUCGAACCAUUGGCGUCUCCUUGGCAUUAUAACAAAAAAGGACAUCCUUCGUCACAUGGCUCAAAUGGCAGACCAAGAUCCCGAGUCAAUCAUGUUCAACUGAACACUAUAGAGGAGGAUCCUGAGGAAAGUGAGGAAGAGGUCCACCUGCUAAAGAGCACAGCAAUCUAAACACUCAAGAUUUCAGCUCAUCAGCUUGGCAGAGGGAAAUCAAAAAGUGUCUUUUUGAAGUUUAUUAGGCAAUGAAAGCUGCUUUGAUGUAUGAGUUUGACAGGGAUGGCCCACUUCAGUAUUAAAUCUGAUAUCCAUUACUUUCAACAAAAUUCUAUGCCCAAAUAUUUAUUAUUUUUUGAUUAUUGAAUUGUGCAAUGGAAGGCUAAGAUAUAGUGAUGACAGAAAAAUAUUGUAUAGAAGUGAUUAUAUUUCCCACAUCUGAGCUACACUGCUCAUUCAUUGAUUUGUUGGUGUCUCCUGGACAGCACUGAAGCAAGCCAUCUCCUGCACCCACCUCCAAGGUGUUGCAUCUUAAUAUGAAAUAUAUUGGCAGCUCAAAUCUUUGUGGGAGUUUAAGUUCAGUUCUGCUCAUUUUCUGGACCUCUUAACCACUUCUGUACCGGGCAAGCUGGAGGGCCCAGGGAUCUCGCUUUGUACGAACACCUUCGGUGAAGCAGGCAAUUUCCCACAUCAAGAAAAUUCCAGAUAUUGAAUGUAUAUCUGGUCAGAAAAGCACUGAGUGUAAUGUCCAUAUUAAGAACAGACUGUUUAUGAUAUGCACCAAAUGCAAAGGUACGAAACCAAAAUCAGAAGCUUAAGAAAAAACACUUGGCUUACAUUUUGAAAAGACGGAAGAAAUAAUUGGAGACUGAGGUUGGUGGUUUCUGAAGGAAACGAUUUCGUUCCAUCCUAUGUUUUUUUUUUAAACAAGUCUUUUAAGGAAGUUCUGCAUGUCUAUUAAUGAAGAGAGGCUUGAUUUUUGCUUACCUAGAGAUUGAUCCCUUCCCGACAACUUGCAUUCAUGACAGAUGAAUUGUAGCAAUUUCCUAAUUGUCUGUAUGUUAUGUUUGACGGCACAUCUAUCUAAUGAGUUCAGUACAGCACAAGUAAUUGGGUAAGUGUCAGGUUGGGCUAAUAGUAGUAAGUCAUCUCUGUUUUAAUAUUCAUUUACAUCAUUGGAAUUAUUCUAACUGGAACUUUUUCUCUUUGUGUUUUAGAAAGUUGUUUUGCUGAAAUAUUUUUUCAUCCUCAGGCAAGUGUUUUACUGUUGACAUCAAUGAAACUGCCUUGAAUAUGGAUCAAGUUUAGUUUUAAAACUUUGAAUUCACAUUAUUGUGACUACUAAGUUGGAAGUUCUGGCAAUUUUACAAAAUGGUUGGGAUCAUCUGUUUAAACUAAAUUAACUUCAAAUAAUAUGGCUGCAAUACUUUUUGAAGAAAUUGGUCUUUUAAGAUACUUAUUUUACAAGGCAUAUUGUAACUGCAGGUACUUGUUUUUAAGGACUCAUCAGAGAAAUAUAAACUUUCUUGAAAAACAUGUUUCUUAAAUGACUUGAAGUUUGCACUACACUUUCAAAUACUUAAAUUAAAAGGUAGCCUACACUGUCUAUAUACAGAAUUGUUUGAGAGACUGCAACCUGCUGAGCAUUCUUAGCCGACUCGAGCUUGCUUGAGAGAUUAAAAUAUAACCUUGUUGUGAGCUAAUUUCAAAAUAAUCAUAGUUAUCACUAAAUUCCUUCCUUGCACUCAUUAUUCAAUCUGGACUAUUAAUAUAGCAAAGAAAUGUACAAGGUAUCACUAAGCUGAGUAGGAAAAAGAAACAUAGAUUUUAAAUAUCCAAAUAAUGAAAUCAAAGAAUUCAACAAUUUUCUUACAGGGUAUGUAAAAUAUUAUAAGAAGAUUAAAAUGCAGCAUUUUCAGAAAGUGACUGAUUGAUUUUUCAUCUCAUCAUAAUCAAUAACUGAGCAAAUGCUGGAAGUCUAAAAUUAAAAUCAAAAGAUAAGCGAUUUGCAUAUCAGGGGUGUCAGCGGCUGUACAGGGAGAAGGCAAGCUAAUGAAAGGCAUUUCUCCUUGGGGCACAGACAAUUACCAAAUUCAAUUCUGACAAAAUAUUCUGCUUACCAACAUGAUAUAAUACCCCUUUUUUUUAGUAUCGUAGAAUCCCUACAGUGUGGUAGCAGGCCACUCAGCCCAUCAAGUCCAUGCCGUCUCUCUGAAGAGUAUUCCACCCACCCUGUGGGCCCCCACCCCAUCCCUGCAAUCCUGCAUUUCCCAUGGAUAAUCCACCUAGCAAUGUAGCAUGGCCAAUGCAUCUAACCUGAAUGUCUUUGGACUAAAUAUUGAUGUGUUUCUUACACAAUAUGAAAAACAGAAGCAUACCUGUCAGUCCAACAGAUUUGUUCCAUCCUCCAUGCUUUGGACAAGACUUCUCCUGCCCUAUUAGCAGCAUAGCUUAUCCUUCAUCUCUCAAUGCUGUUUGCUUCAAAAACUCCUUACGGUAGCAAGUUUUCUUCUACUCACUGGGUAAAAAAUGACUGUCAUGUAUUCCUGGCAUUUUGUGCUUUUAUGUGGGAACUCGAGCAUCUACUGUAGCUGCCAGGAAGGUAUUAAAGAGCGAGCCUGAGAGAUUGUCGCCCAUGUCCGGUUAUCUGUUGCCAUGCUUUUGGUUAAUGAAGAAUGCUUUGUCUUUGUUAACCUGUGAUGUUGCCUAGAAUUGUAUUUAAUACUGAUCCUGGAUGUUUUUUAUUUAUAUUUGGUGUGUUAGAAUUUCGGAUUCUCAAGGUGAGCUUAAUUAUGGUUACUGUGAAAUUUCAAUUGUAUAAUAUAUUGUAUUA